UGGCUAUUGUUUCCUUUCCCCUUUGGAGCGGCUUACUUUUCUUUCUUUACAAUCGGUCAGAGAGGUUGUUUAUCACGGGGUUUGUUUAAAAGUCUGAGCGAAGUAAAGCUAAGAGAGCAGAAGAACCAGCAGAAGAAGUAGGAGGGGGAGUAGAGGAAGAAGAGGAGGAGGAAGAAUAAAAUAAAAGCAGAGAUUUGAGGAGACUUUAGCACCUCCUCCUCCAUAUUCCUUCCGUCCUCCCCUGUAACUGAGAGUAUAGUUCCCUCAAUUUAGGAAUGCAUUUGGCGGUGCUUCUGUUUGCGUCGGCGCUCUUUGUGGCCACCUUCGCCCUUGACAAUGGAGUGAUGAGGACCCCUCCAAUGGGCUGGUUGGCAUGGGAACGAUUCCGCUGUGACAUUGACUGUGAACACGACCCCAAGAACUGCAUCAGUGAGAAUCUGUUCAUAGACAUGGCAGACAGACUCUCAGAGGACGGCUGGAGGGAACUUGGCUACAUCUAUGUGAACAUAGAUGACUGCUGGUCCUCCAUGAAGAGAGACGAGAAGGGACGACUGCAGGCUGACCCUAAAAGAUUCCCAGGAGGCAUCCACAAACUGGCACGCUACAUGCAUGACAGGGGUCUCAAGCUGGGCCUCUACGGGGACAUGGGCACACACACCUGUGGGGGCUACCCCGGCACAACACUGGACAAGAUCGAGAUAGACGCUCAGACAUUCGCUGAGUGGGAGGUGGAUAUGUUUAAGUUUGACGGCUGUUAUUCUAAUGCCACAGAGCAAGAGAAGGGUUACCCUCUCAUGUCAAAGGCUUUAAAUGCUACUGGCCGUCCCAUUGGCUAUUCCUGCAGUUGGCCUGCCUACCAGGGUGGCCUGCCACCUCAGGUAAACUACACUCAGCUGGGCGAGAUAUGCAACCUGUGGCGUAACUAUGGCGACAUCCAGGACUCUUGGGACAGUGUCCUGAACAUUAUUGACUGGUUCUUUGAAAACCAGGAUGUCCUGAUACCUGCAGCUGGUCCUGGACAGUGGAAUGACCCUGAUAUGCUGAUUGCUGGCGACUUCGGCCUCAGCAUGGAGCAGUCUCGGGCUCAGAUGGCUCUGUGGGCCAUUAUGGCUGCUCCUCUUUUCAUGUCCAAUGACCUGCGCACCGUCAGCAGUGGGGCCCGCAGCAUCCUGCAGAACAAAAUGGUCAUCAGCAUCAACCAGGACGCCAUGGGCAUCCAAGGAAGGCGCAUUCUAAAGGAGAAGAGUCAAAUUCAGGUGUUCUGGCGCCCCCUGUCAAACAAUGCCAGUGCAUUGGUCUUCUUCAGUCGUCGUAAUGACAUGCCCUACCACUACCAGACUACCCUCAGCAAACUCAACUACACCACCGGCAGCUACAAGAUCUACGAUGUCUUUACUGAGAAGACCAUGGUGCUGAAAGACUCCACCAGCUUCGUGGUGUCAGUGAACCCCACAGGUGUGGUCAUGUGGUAUGUGUCUGCGUCCGCCAAACUGAACCAUCGGCAGUUCUACAAAGGUGGCAGACUCCAGGGGUCUGGAUAUGAUGAUGAAAACGCCAUUCCCCGUGUCUUCCUCUGAUCACUGACUGAUUGAACAUAAUAAUCACAUCACUGUGUCUGCCUCAGUGCAGUGGCUCUUGAUGAAGUGUUAACUGACAAGACCUCACAUGUACAUCAGACUUAUUUCUCUACUUAAACCAUGAAGUGGCAAUGAUUAGCUCUAAAUUGUGUUAUCUUAAAAGGCAAUAUAUAUUCCAUGUAAUGAAAUCACUGGAUAUGGAUCUGGAUAUGUCACUAAUCUGAAAUUCUUCAUGUGAUCCUUCUCUCAAAUUCUGCACGUGCAGUAUCAGUGUUGAUCAAGGAAAAGGAUGUAAAGUUUUUUUUCUGUGCUUCACAGAUCAUGAGAGCUGAUGAUUAAUUGUUUCUCUGUUGAGAUCGCCAAAGCUGAAAAACUGAUUGUAGAUCAGCACAAAGACUCAGAAGACUCCGCUGCUCUUAUUAAAACAAUUCUUAUAAGGAGAAGCAGAUGAGCCUGUGUCUCAAGCUGUUCCAAAAAGCACAAAGAAGGGCGAAAAAGGCUCCUGAAAUGCAUUUUUUUCCUAAUUGUUCACAUUUCAAUUGUGCUUCGUUAAAGGAUAAUUUUUUAGUCUGUCAAGAUCCAGAUGGUGCACUGCUUAGGAUAAUACUUAUGGACCUUGGUUUUAGAAAUGAACGUUUUUUAUAAGAAAUUAUUUUGUGAAUGAUGUGUUUUUGUUGAACACUGAAAUAAAAAAUGUGCUUUUAAAUCAA